CUGAAGAAUCGGUGACGCGUUUCAUCGCCUGAUCAGCCGCAAGCCGCUGUAAACGAUUAUGUCGCCGCGCAUCAAUAAAGGAGCGGGAUAUUAGUGGAGGAACGGUCGCAUCCUCCGACACAUCCUCAGACAUUUUGCUUUUGCGCUCCUAUUCCGUAUGGAUUUGUGAUGGCAGAGAUCAUGGAUUGAUGCUCAUUUUUUCCGCGGCAUUGGGAGACUAUAGACACACACACGCGCGCGCACACACACACACGGAGGUGAGUCGGUACUCGGUGUGCGGUGAAUGUGUCGUUGGCGCGGCAAGAAUUAUUGCACGUUUCCACCCGCUCCGUCCGCGCGACACCAGGUAAGCGGACAGAGACGGGCCACGAGGGACACGACAGGGGAACAGUUUGCCACCGGAUGCAUUAAUAAACCCCGAGCUUUGUCACUCAGGAAGUGGAUUUUAAUGGUUUUACUUUGAGCGGACAUCGAUCGUGCAUCGCAGCGUGUCGCGUUCGUUUCUUCCUGCGUUGAGCGAUACGGAGGCAUUGCUGCCGAUAAGCGCGCUCACUACUACACCACUGCAUUUUUUGGGGCAAAGAUAGACUGCGGAUACUUGCUAUAUAUGGCUGUGUAGCUUCCAUGGACGAGGGCCAAUCCACUAAUUUCGUUGCAUUUCUCUCACAAUGCGCUUCAUCCGAAUGAUGCACUGGGGAGAUUUUUAGCCCAGAGUAAUUUGGCCGUUCCGCUAUCCGCCGUCUCCUCUCCAAUUGCAAGAUUCUCAAGAGGGGAAAAAAACCCAGCAGCGCAUCCCCGAUGGCAUGGACACUUCCGCAGGGUCUGCCGCGCCGCCGUGCUACCGGAGCCCGUUCGCAGCCCGCCCGAGCCCGCGCCGAGCCAAAGCAGGCGGCAUGAGGCUCGAGCCGGUGCCCUUCUCCAUGCUGGUCAUCGGGGUCGCGUUCGCGUGCCACUCCCCGAGCCCAAGCUCGCUGCGGGAGCGCGCGCGCCACUCCGCCGUGGUGAUCGAGGGCCGCGUGCAGUCGGCGCCGCACAACGCUUCGGGCGCCGAGCCCUACCGGGUGGACGUCAAGGUGCUCGACGUGUGGCCGCGGCACAGCGGCGGCCUGGAGCGCGAGCAGCUCGUCACCGUGCGCGAGCUGGGCCCGACGAGCGGGCCGUGCGCGCGCGUGCUCAACGACCACCGCUAUAUCUUCUUUAUGGACCCCACCGACGAGCCCCUGGUGUUCAGGGCGUCGUACGCGCCCCUCGAAGCCAGCGGCAAGGAUCUGAAAAAAGACGUCGGGAAGAUCUUGUGCGAGGACUGCGGAGCUCCUACAAUAAAGCCUUUGCGGAGCCCUGUGGUGGUAACGGAAGGUGCUCGCAUAACAGUGAAGUGUGAGGCCUCGGGUAAACCGCCACUGUCCUAUAAGUGGUACAAAGAUGGCACUAUUCUGAAAAAGAGCAAACAAGUCAGGAUCAAAGACAGGAAGAAAAACUCCAAGGUCCAGAUUUCUAGUGCUCGGCUGCAGGACUCUGGGAAUUACAUGUGUGUAGUGGAGAAUGACAGUGGGAGUAGCAACAGCACAAGCACCGUUCACGUCCAAAGCAUAACCACAGCGUUACCUCCGGGCUCGGGCCACGAAAGAAGAUGCAACGAGACAGAGAAGGGAUACUGUGUGAACAACGGCGAGUGUUACUUCAUCCACGGUAUAAAUCAGCUCUCCUGCAAGUGUCCAAAUGACUUUACUGGCGAUCGCUGUCAAACCUACGUUAUGGCCAGUUUCUACCAGUCUCUUGGAAUUGAAUUUAUGGAGGCAGAGGAGCUCUAUCAGAAGAGAGUCCUGACAAUCACAGGCAUUUGCGUGGCUCUGUUGGUGGUGGGCAUUGUGUGCGUGGUGGCCUACUGCAAAACCAACCUCCCCCCUAGGAAACAGAGGAAGAAGAUGCACAAUCACCUGAGGCAGAACAUGUGUCUGGAUCACCCUAAUCGCAGCCUGGCCAACGGGCCCAACCACCCAGGCCCUGGCCCUGAGGAGAUUCCCAUGGUGGAUUAUAUCUCAAAGAAUGUCCCAGCCACCGAGAGAGUAAUGAGAAGUGGAGCGGAGGAGUCGUUUGCCGGCAGCCAUCAUUCUUCCAGAUCCCAAAAUUCCUCCACUCGAGCCCACUCCUCCACAAACAGACAUGACGAGAAGACGUGGAGCUUGGAGCGGACGGACAGCGUACUGUCGGACUGUCCCUCAGGCAUGCUUUCUUCCUCUGUGGGCACCAGUAAGUGCAGCAGUCCAGCAUGUAUGGAGGCACGAGCGCGACGAGCCGGUCACUGCAGCUUCCCCGAGUCUCGCCGGCCACCAGUGCGCUACGGAGACUCCUUUGACUCACUCGACUCACCACACAGCGACAGGUACGUGUCAGCCUUGACCACGCCAGCGCGCUUGUCUCCAGUGGACUUCCAUUAUUCACUGCCUCCACAGGUGCCUACCUUCCAGAUCACGUCUCCCAACGCCAACCACGCCAUGUCUCUGCCGCCUGCCGCCCGCUCUCCCUGCCCACCCGAGGAGGACCAGCCGCUGCUUCGCUGCUACCAGCUGCCUCUGCACGAGGCCCAGCGCCACGAGACCUACAAGCAGCGAAUACAACAGCAGCGGGCACGCUCCUACCUGCAGGACAGCGCAGGCAGCCUGCCCUCCAGUCUGUACCGGCUGGCCCAGGACGACGAUGAGUAUGAAAGCACGCAGGAGUACCCGCUCUCACUGGAGCAACCAAAGAAAAGCAGCGGACGCUGGCACAGGUCCAGACUGAAUGGGCACGUGGCACCGCAGGGCUACAGGCCGACCCGGGACUUGGGCUCGCGCAGCUGCCUGUCAGGCAGUGAAUCGGAGGAGGGCGAGGAGGGUGAGAGCACGCCCUUCCUCAGCAUGCAGAACAUUAACACACCCGAGCCCUCAGCCAUCUACAGGCCUGUGCCUCCCACACACGUACGGACUUCCCGCACACAAAGCAGACACACGCAGCAGCAGCAGCAGCAGCAGCAGCAGCACGCACGCUCCAAACCGGACAGCGCUGCUCACUAAUGACACAGUCCACCUACCCACUCCGCAAAAUCUGUAUACCUAUAGACCUGCACCUAUAAAAAAAUAUUUUUUAUUUUAUAUAACUAACAGAUAUUCUAAACAAAUAUUUAUUUUCAUUUUAGCAAAAAAAGUUGUCUACUAGUUAACAGCAAAGACUUUUUUUUAUAGGGAAAACUCUAUUUAUAUGUACAUUUUGAUUUACAGCAUAAAAGAGACGUGCCGAUUUUUUCACAACUUAAAGAAAUAGAAAUAAUAUUGUGGUGCCUUUUGCUGUAUGCCGAUGCCAGAGGGCCAGUGGAGUUUUUGUAGCCUUUCUUAUAAGGACGCCUCAUUUUUUAUACGCACUCUUUCGUUGUCUCUUUUUUGCCCUUUUGUUUUCCUUAUCCUUGUGUUCAUUCAGGGGCCGCCCCAACCAUUUGAGCAGUGACAUUUCCUUCCCCCUUUUACAUCAUGCAAUAUAAACCGCUCUUAAGGUGUAUGUUUACAAGAAUAUAAUUCACAUGUUUAAUGAUUAUGUUGCUUUCCUAACAGGAACUUAAUGACAAAUGCAACUGGGACAGGGGGCUUAUUUUUUUUUUCUCCAAUGAAAUGGAAGGAAAGUAUGAGGUGUGCAUUCAGAUGUCCGACUGAGUGUGUGUAUAAGUGCUCCACAACGAUGUGAAGUGUGCGAGCAGAAGGAGGGAGAUGUCUAAUUUUCCAGACUAGUGUCCAUUUAUCAGAGUUCUCACUACUAAAUCAAGGGCCACAAGCUUGUUAUGAUCCAAGAGGCAGAAACUUGUCUAUCUGUAGCAGAUGUGGGGGUUUUGUUGAUGGCUUAGUAAUUGGAGAGCCUCCACACUCCAAUCCUCUCUUCCCAAACAGUCCUGUUCCACUCUCUCUCGUUCUGUCCAUCCUGUCUUCUAGUCAGGCUGAUACAGAGACAUUUAACGAAUCCAUUGAUGAAUUUCAGAUGUAAUGGCCAAAACAGAACAUCACACAUUUCUUCCAUUAAGAGAAACAUGAAAAAUAGGAAAAUAUUAUUCAUAAGGUCUUUCUUUUUUUUUUUUUUUUUUAAAUGAAAGAGAGAGAGGUGAACAGCCACGUAGUGUCUCAGGACAACCCCUCCUCACCCUUCUUUUCUUCCAUCACAGGACUGAAGUAGAAGGAGAGCCCUCACAGGUUUAUGAAUGUAUAAGCUCCCUCUUCCAUCCCCAUACAUGCUGGGAAUCUUAUCACAACGGACAACACAUGCAGACACACACACACACACACACACACACACACACACACACACGACAAGACAAAUAGCUGUGAAACUUCCUUGGGGCCAUAAAAAUAUGCCAAAAUAUGCAAGCUUUAUAUUUUAACAUUUGUUUUCUAAACGAAAACCAUAGUGCAUUGUGUGAAAACUGUGACGCUUGAUUUGAGUUUGGUGUGCUUGAGUUGAGCUCCCCGUAAAUUCGAAAUCAAAUCAGACCACCAAAACCAUAACACAUGACACAUGACGCCCAUCUCCGAGUCCAGACAAGACCAAACCGGACAAUCUCUGUGAGUCCGUCUUCAAGGACGUUCAAACCUUCGAUCAUCUUAUAGAAGUCCCUAAACACCUACCCGUGCUACAAUUGGCCACGAUGUCUACGGAAAGUAAAUACGAAGGGUCUGAUGUCAAAUGUGAAGGAACACAUCAUUGCAAUAGUUAAUUCAGGAAAUCCAGAAAAGGGAGGAAUUUCAUGAUGACUAAGGAGUUGUGAUUAGAUAAGCAAAAGGAGAAAAAACUAGAUCCUUCAAUGUUUCUCUUGCUCUAUUGUGGUUGCACAAAGAAAUAGAGAUAUCACUGAACAUAUAUAUUUAUAUAUAAAAUCCAAUGUUUUCUUGCACAUCGAUGACCCGAGUUUGUCUUCUGUUUAAUCCCUGCCCUGGCGUUAUGGAUCCUGUUUGUAUGUUUGAGAAAUGCAAAACCAGACAGUACUUCUCUAGUUAGUUUUAAAUGUGAUAUCCCUGUCCUCUUCUGAUAUCCCUCCUCCGAAAAGCCCCACUAGACUCUGACAGUUCCGUUCCUAGCGUUUCUUUCUUUUGCGUUUCCUCCUCGCUUGAGAAGUAUGAACACCUCUCCUCUGCAUGUCCUUGUGGUCAAGGUUAAAUGGGUGCAUGGUUAAAAAAAAAAAAAGCAGCAGAUAAUUUUAUUUCCCUCCAAGUCAGUGAAAGUGUGUUUCAUUUAAUAUUCAGCAAUAAAAGAAAAAAAUAAUCUUCCCCACCCCACACCAAUCCCCCCAUGUCAAUUCUUGGAAUAUGCUAGAAAAAAAGAGAAAUACAUGCCAGGUUGUCUUAGAUUGUAAAAAAAAUAAAUAAAUAAAAAUUGAAUCCACGUCUUCACAUUGAAAAAAAAAAUAAAUCCUUCGUAUCAUUUCAACUUGUGCGCAUAUAUGUGCAAGCCUUUCCGUGUGUGAUUUGUCCGUGCGGACUGUUUGUGGGUUUACAGUUCAGCAGUGUACUGUGGUUGAAAAUUGAGUGUGUGGUUGGAUUAUUAUUUCCAUUAAAAAAAUACAAUUUAUACCUCCAG